UCCAGUUCAUUUUUCCAUCUAACUUCGUCGGAGAAUGACUAAUUUGCACAGUUUUAGUAUUUGCAUGUUACAAAAACUUUAAAUUUAAACAUCGACGGAAAAAUUACAUCGCGAUUAGGGCAACAUAAAACGGCAACCAAAAUGAAGAAACAAUUUGCGAAAAUAAAAAUUGCUGCCGAGAAUCUUUCCAGAUCAAGCAAAUCGGAUUGCAAAGAUUCAGAACUGGAUACAAUAGAGCGGCAAGUGGAUAGAUAUCGUGAUACCAUUGAGAAAAUUGUGCGUAAAUUGCCAGCGUUGAGUAGUAGUGGUGGCGGCGGCAGCAAUGGUCAAGUAACCAGCGAGGAGCAGGAUAAGCGCAUCAAGAAGAAUAGCCACUACAAAAUAGCUCAAGCAUUGGACGAAUCGGCCAAGGAAUUGCCCAAGGAUAUGCCGCUUCAAAAAGUGCUUAACAAUUGUGGCGAACUGGAGAAGACAAUUGCCGAAUGCAUUAUCGAGAGCGAACUGGAGACAGAGGCCAAAGUUGUGAAACGUUUAAAAAACAUUUUGGAUAAGGAAAUACAAGAGAUCUCAACACUAAAACGUAAUGUCACACGCACAUUACAGGAAUACACCUCACUCAAGCGAAGUUAUGAGGCCGCUAUUCGUCUGGAUGAGCCGGCCAGCAAAGUGAACCAUAUUAAGAGCCAGCAGGAGGAGUGCGAAGUUAAAUUAGAAAAGGAGCGUGAUGCCUGGGCAGCACAAAUGUUGGAACUGAUAGCCAAAGAGGAUGAGAUUGUCAAUUGCAUUCGCGACUAUGUGCUAAACCAAAGAAACUAUCACGAGCGUGCCUUACAGCAUGUGAAUGCGUCGCUGGCCCGCAUUCAAGACACCAUUCAGGGUACAGAGAAAUCACGCUUUGGCACGUCCCUUAAAGAGCAUUUGGUGUCUACAAAUCGUGAGAUUUCCUACAUUGUAGAGCUUUGUUGUUGCUGCCUCCUCGAACAUAGCCUUGAGGAGGAGGGUCUUCUCCGUGUGGGUUGUGCCAGCACCAAACUAAGGCGGAUGAAGCAUGCUCUGGAAGCCCAGCAUGUUAAGACACCUUUGCCUUUGGACUAUCAAGAUCCACAUGUAAUUGGUUCCAUACUCAAAUUGUAUUUGAGGGAAUUACCAGAGCCAUUGUUGACCUAUAAUCUAUAUAAGGAUUUCAUACGAAUUGCUGAGCGGCAUAGCGAACAGGAGAGAAAAACGGAAAUUAAGGCCAUAUUAGGAAAACUACCCAAGGAGAACUAUGCCAAUCUGCGCUACCUCACCCGAUUCCUGGCACUUUUGCAGCAGCGAGCCGUUCAUAAUAAGAUGAGCUCCCAGAAUUUGGCGAUUGUCAUGUCACCAAAUAUGCUGUGGCCACGUCUGGACAAGAGCAGUAAUGCUGCGGCCGACUAUAUGGGUCAAGUGAAUAGCUCAUCGGCAGCGAAUAUUAUUGUCGAACUGCUAAUAAGCCAAUGGGAUUAUUUCUUUGAUGGCGAAGUUGACUUUUAUGUGACAUUGCAGAGAGGCAAACUAUUUGUGGAGGGAAAAAGCAAAUCAAAUUCCUCCAAUGAGCAUUUAGAUAGGCAUGACAACGAAGUUAUAGAAAGUCCGCGUUAUGGUACUCUGCGGCGCCAGAAGGCGAAUGCCCCCUCACCACCAAAUACAAAUGGUAGUAUGAGUAGUAGUAUGACGGCGGUGAGCUCCCAGUCGCAUCGUCCCCAUGCCAAGGAACUGUUUCCCCAGCAAGCACCCGUGCAGACAGAGAAGGAGAAGCCAGUCAAGCCACCUUUACCCAAUCUGCCACAGUUUCAGACACCAGCAGCAACAAACAACACAACGAACACUACUGCCGCCACUAGUACAGCACCAACAACAACAACAACACAGCUGGAGGCACUGCCUCCGCCUCCAUUAACACCCGCCAAGCCAGUGCCCAUGACUAGAACACAAUUCUUUGGUCUGGACAGUUUACCAUCACCCACAGCGGAUCGCAAGAGCACAGAUAGUAUUGGUAGCUUUAAAUUAAAACCAGAUGUACCCCUGAAACCCCAAUUGCCCAAACGUCCAGCCGUUCUGGGGGUUGGGUCCUCCGCUAAAACAGAAGGCAAAAGCGACGAUGAGGGCGGUAUUACCACACCCACUCAGGCCAGCAUCGAUAAUGGCAAUGGCAGUGUACGCUAUACAACGGAAAAGUUUAUGGAGAAACUAAAGCAAGAGAAUUGUGAUACGACGGCGAAUGGUGUGAAAGAAGAGAACAAUCAUAAUCAUAAUGGUGAACAAACGGCAAUCACUUUGGAGCUGGGACCGGGGCAAAUUCAGGCGCAGGGGCAGGCAACUACACCCAUUUCACCCAACUCAUUUCAAACGCCGAAAAGACCCACAGUGCCAGCGCCGCCUCCGCCGACAAAUCGCAAGCAAUCUGAUUAGAAGUGAUUAGGGAAGAGUCAUUAGGUGUUAACUCGUUAAGACUUGAACGCGCACAGUAAAAACUAGAUAAAGUAAACAAAAGAUCAGAAAUCUUAAGCGCAUUCUGCAUUUGUAUGUAUUUUUGCCUUGUCAUAAGCGAUCUAAUUUGUAUGUUUAGCCAUAUAUAAUUACAUAUAUAUUUAGAAAUAUAUAUAUAAUAUUGCAUAUACACAUAACACGUACAGUAUAUACAUCGUAUAUAUAUAUAUCUUUAUACAUAUAUAUUUAUAGUUUGUAGUACAUUUCCCCAUAACUGAGAAUACUUUUGAUUUGCCUGUUAGCUCUCAAUUUGUUAAUAAUUGUUUUUUUUUUCGUUUCAAAGGUUGUGAUACAUCAGAGAAAAAUUAGACAAAGUGGAGAAAUUUUGAAAUUUGAUUUGAGUUUCCUUAAUUUAGUUGCCUAUUAAAAACAGAUAUUUUUGUGUUUCAUUGGAAAAAAAAUGUUUCGAAAUUCUUGUAAAAUUUUCUUUUUGGGUGGAAUAAUAUUAAGUACUAUUUUACCUUUUGUAUUCCUUUAUAUGAUUUUGAUAUGUAUUAUAUAAAUUCUUAUCAGUUAUCAAAAUUUCAAUAUGUCCAUUAUAUAUAUAUGCAUACAACA